AUGCAUGAUCUCCGUGAUGCACUGCUCAGCCCAUCGCCACGAGGUACCGCUCACCUCACCACACCAGAAGCUGUUCGAUUAAACCAGGAAGACACGCGUCAGUCCAUCGCUCGGAGAGAAUUCAAAGAAGUCCGUGACGCCGCCUUCAGCAACCGAACCUGGACCAUCAACUCCCGAUACUGCGAAGUUGGAGAUGGCGUGGACUCCCUCGAAGAGUAUAUCCAUUCCAUAUGGUAUAUGUACUACCAACUCGGUCGGAACAUCUCGCACGAAACGCCCGAACACGAGGGUCUAGUCCUUGACAUCGUGCGUAUUCAAGGAAUGGGACCGUUAACUCGACCCGUGCGAGGGAAUUACGGUCUUGAAAAUGCACGAACUGCUGAAGGCUCCCUGUGGAAUGAUCUACCCUUCUUGGCUACCGACAUGACCGACUUCUGGAAUAGUGACUUCCCGACUAUGUCGGGUACGCACCGAUUCAAUUUUGCGACUUUCCUGGCUAAACUAGCGUCAACGCGUGUCGGCAAAGAUAGACUAUGCCAGAUUGCCCUAAUCCUAUUUCGUAAUCUGUUUGAGGAGAGACAGGUCCUCCGCAGCGGGGAUGAGUCGGAUGAAGAAGAUUCCAAGCGCAGCAUGCGUCAGCUUGAGAUUUUUCACUUGUUACCAGGUGCUGUAGCUUGGCUCCGCCAUGCAGGCCAUAAUCUUGCUCUUCUCUCAGAGGUCCAUUGGAAUGAUUGUCCUAGUGUUAUUGGUAUAGGUGGCCAGAAGUUCGUCGAGUCGGAGCUUGGGCAGCGAUCACCCACUGGAUUCUCGCCUUGGAGAUAUAUGUACUGGCUUAAGCGACUCCAUGAAAUCCGGGAGGAGGCUAGAGAGGCUAAAGAGGAACUCUUGGAAGAGUACGCUACUGAUGCCAUUGACUUUAUGGUCGGAAAAGUCAAGGAACGAAAAUCUGAGGUUUUGAGGGCAUACCAGAAUGGCGGCGUUGCCUUGCAUCAGGAAAGACAUCUGUUUUGCCUGAAGAGUCUUUUGAAGAGUGAAGAAAUCGAGCAUGAAGACUCGAAGGAUGACUCGAAGGAUGUCGGAUAUCCUGAGCCGCAAGGUGCAGUGGAGCAUCUACGGGCCCGGAUUUCCUGUAACGCGGAGAAUUAUUCUUUGCAAGAAAGAACAGGACAGCGUUGGGUUUGA